GCUGGACGAGAAAUAAUCACAGCAAAGAAGAUCCAAUGUGCCCAAAAUUGAGACUGCAAAUACUUUUUUUUAAUUUUUUUUUAUUUCUGGAAUCCUAUCUUAUUUCCGUCUUUCCCACUUUCAAAUAUAGUGUUCCUUCUCUCUUCCAACCCAACAAACAUCACUGCUCUCUCUUUCCUCCUCCUCCUCCUCCUCUCAACUGCUUUUUAAGCCUUGGCUUUCCGUGAGUGGUCCUUGAGUUCAGUCUUACACCGUUAUUCAGUAACCAAAAUAGAAAUACAAAGUGUAUGAGCAUUUAGUUCAGUUUCCAUUGUCAUCAUAGAUAUGGAAACAGGGUCAAACAAUCAAUAUGUACCGGUAGUUGAGGUGCCACCCACAGUGAGGGAACCAAGUCGCUAUUCGCAUCGAUCAAUCGAAACACUGAUCGUAGUGCUGGCAGCUAUAACUAUCAUAGGUGUUAUUGCAGGGAUCAUUGCUCGGCUAUGUGGUGGAAGGCAUUUCGGUGGAAAUGGGGAGAACGACAUUGAAGGAUGGAUAGAAAACAAGUGCAGAAGUUGCAUUGAUGGUGGAGUCCCCGCUGCAGUUCCACCUCCCAAAGAAGAACCGAAGCCAGCAAGAGAAGAGGAAAAGAAAUGAAGAUUUAUACAUACAUGAAAUGAUUUGAUGCAAGUGUAAGAGUUGUUAUUGAUUACUUCAACUAUAUGAUGUGGAACUGUUGUAGUGAGAACACUAUAACAGUGUAUUAGCAUGAACAGAUAAAGGGGAACUCUCUUGGCAGUGUCUAACAACAAGUUAUUACUGUAUUCUUUACCAUGGCAGCAUCACAGGAGAGUGCUUUUAAUGGAAACUUAAAUCAUGCAUGUUACCAGUUUA